AUGGCUGUCUUGCUCCCACUGUUGGUGGUCCUGCUGCUCAAAGAGCCUGUUCACAGCUCAGGUGAUAGAUCAGCAAAGCUAGUGGGAGUGUGGAAGGACGUGGCCUCGCUGUGGAGGAGAGGGGGGGGUUGGGACCCCCGCAGAGAACAGGAGCCCCUGGCUGGGCCACAGGGCCGACGCAUCCAGACCGUGGUCAACAACAUCAUGGAUGGGCUUCAUACCCUGGGCCUGCUCCCUAAGAAAAGCAUGAGACUCCCACCUCCCAGCAGCCCACUGGACCGGAACCGUCUCUCAGGCUUCCUCUACAACAUUUCCAUGUACCUGCAGGGGAGUGGGGGGGAGCCCGAGGCUGACACAGGUGCGUUCCCCUCGGACCAGGCCAGGGAGCAGUUCUGGGGGAACAUGCUGUACUCCCUGCUCCAGCCAGAGGGGGGCGCGGGGCUGGGCCCUGCUGAAGAGAAGGUGCCCCCCAGGCCCAGCUUUAGGAUCCUAGAGCUCUUUCUGUCUCUGAGAGGCAGCCAGCACUGGGAUGGGCUGCUGGGCCUGGUCCAGACUGUGAUGAGCCUCUUUGAGAGGCAGCAGCUGCACCCCCUGCUAGCCUUCCUCCGGCAGAACUGGGACACCAUCAGCGCCUUGCUGGAGACGGCUCUGCAGGCCCUGGUGAGCGGCACUUACGGGCAGGCCAGCGCCGGGCUGCAGGGCUUCCUGUGUGCCCUGAGCGGACGCACGGACUGCGGCUUCAACCUGGACUGGCUGCAGCAGCUCUUCCAAUUCAUGGAGGCGCGGAACUGGAAGCCGGUCGUCAGCUUCCUCCCGGGAAUCAGCAGCAAUGGGGGCCCUCAAGGAGAUGCGCCCCCCUUCGAACACUUCAAGCCCUUCAGCAUGCUUCCAGGGGCCCUCAAGGGGGAUCCCUUGGCAAGCAAUCAAAGCCAGCCCGAUUCCAGGGGGCUGGGAUCCAUGCAGACGCUCCUCCUCCAGGCGCUCUCGCAGUCCAAUGAGGCGGAGAGGGCAGGGCCGGUGGGGGAGCCUGACCCCGCCCCCCUCUGGCAGCGGUUGGACGGGCUGCAGCGGGGGCUGCUGCGCAGGGUGGGCAGCUCCGUGUACGCCAGCCUGAAGAGGAAGGUUGCCAGGGUGACAGUGUCGCUGCUGGGGGAUGUCUCGGCCCUUGUGGGGGUUCCGAAGACAGACCGCGAUGGGAAGUGCUCAGUAGGUAACUUGAGACAGCUGCUUCUGUGGGGGAUCAGAAAUAACAUUACCUGGAAUGCCCAGGCUCUCGGCUUCACCUCACAGGGUCUUCCCAGCAGACCCCCCUUCCUGUCCUGCAGCCCAGCGAGGCAGGCGGGAACGAGGAGGAUGGAAGCGAAAAAGGGGGCAGGGAGGAGGGGGUCCCAGCAGCACGGAGGAGCUGUGGGGAGACCCAGGGUCUUGAACCCAGAGGAGGCCUGGGGAGAGGCUGAUUUCCCGCUCCCCACAGAGAUCCUGGAGGCGGCCUGUAACGAUUCGAUCCCCGGGCUCACCGGGGUGUCUAACUUCACGGUGUUCCUGUACUGUAAGCUCUUCGACGGGGGCAGCGGUGCCAGAGAACCCGAGACGGGCCAGGCUGGGCUGGACCUGCGAACCACCUGCUCCGACGCUGCUUGGUACCUCUCCGCAGCCGAGGACGACUUCCUGUGGGUGCAGGUGUGCAGCGAGUUCUUCGCCAGCGAGUUCAAAAACACCGUCUGUGCCAACUCUUCCUUCUGGCAGCAGCGUGCCCACAGCCAGGCAGCUGCAGUGAAGGAUUACUACAACGACAAUCAGUCAAGCAUCGAUGAGCUUUGUGUCCAGCUGUCCGGCAAUGUUAGUGAACACUCGGGGACGGAGGCUAGUGAGGACUGUCUGACCCACCUCGGGGUGGAGGCUUUGAGCGUCCAGAACUUCAGGAGGUGCUUUCUGCCCAAUGAUUCUGUGCUGAUCGGGGCACUCUGUGGAAACAUGACCUUGCUGGAGGAAGGCAGCUGGGCGGCUAACUUUUGCUCCAAAAGCCAUCAGAAUUCCUCUCAUGUUAAUGUGAUCAGGGAGACUUGCGACUACCGGAGCUGGCCGCCUGGCUCGUUUGGUAAUGCCACGCUGCUGGAGCAGUGCCGGGGCGCAGAGGGGCUGAGGGAGCACAUCUGCCGCAACGUGACCUUCUACCACCUCCUGGUGACCUCUCACCCGUGGCUCCUGGACUACUGCGCAGACCCGGAAGCAAACCCGGAGGAUGACAGGUGCUUCCUGCAUAGGAUUUUCAACAUGCUCCCUGUCCCCUAUGACUUUGACUCCUCUCAGCUGUGCUGGAACCCGGCUCCCUACCUCCUGGAUGCACUGUACCAGCUGAGCCAGUGCGAGGGGGCUGUGGACGAGCGUCACGGGUGGAUCGGCAGCGUGAACUAUGUGCUGCACGUGGUCGACUUCAUCGUGGCCUUGUCCUCAGGGCUGGAGGAGGGGGAGAGGGAGGUGAGGCAGGUGCUGGGAGAGGCCAUCCUGCUCUCCAGUCUCCUUGACAACACCUCCUUCUGGGCCACCUUCCGCCCCAAUGCCUCUCUGAGCGUGCUCCAGACUGUGGGAGUGUUCCUGAAGACAGAGCAGAACCUCACCCUCAAAGAGGAUCUGCUCAGCUGCUUUAGUCCUGUGCUCUGGGACCUGAUUCAGAGAGAACACAACUCGUCAGCUCUCAGAGUUCUCUUCCAGGAGUACCUGCAGAUGCCUCAGGAUAACUUUCGCACACUGCUGAUGUCGGCCGAGAACGAGGCUGUCAAGAGAUUUCUUUCCCAUAUGCAUCAAACCUGGGAUCAGCUGCAGGUGGUAACCCCUCAGGUUUCGCAGCAAGAUGAGCAGGCCAUGGAAACGAUGACCUCGGCCUUCAUCCACAAGUUUCCACGCGUCACCCCUGACCUCUUUGUCGACCUCUCACAGUUCAUCCCAUUCAUGUCCGUCUCUGACAUCAUGAGCUUCCCAGCCUCAUUAUUGGUCAACGACAGCGUUUUGACAGCGAUCCGAGAUCACAGCCCUGAAAUGAAGUCUUCCCAGAAGAGGGCCUUUGUCAAAAGGCUGCUGCAGUCCCACUUGUUCGGGGAGGUCUCUUCUUGGCCACCAUACUUCCUGAGCUCUAUCCUGCCACUCCUACCACACCUGCCACUCUCCCACUUCCAGCAGCUCACAGCAGAGCAGCUGAGCCCCCUAGUGGAGGUGCUGGGGAACGGCAGCCUGGACUCGACGCGAGGGCACCACCUCCUGCGCACAGUCUUCAACACGAAGAGGAAUCUGACUGCAGGCGAUGUGCAGAGGCUGGGGUCGCUGCUGUGCUCAGUGACCCCAGAGGACCUGAGGCCCCUCCUGUCAGCCCGACCCCUACCAAGUCCUCUGAGGGAGCGCCUGCUACAGUGCGUGUCUGAGGGGCUCACCAGCGCCACCGGCAGGCUCUCACACUGGCUGCUCCUGGCUCUCCGACCCCUCAAUGCCAGCGACCUCACCACCCCAGAGCUGGCCUCUCUCGGUGGGAUGCUGCCCCAGCUUGGAGCUUCCUUCUUGCAGUCACUCUCCACACCGCGGCUCCUGGACAUCCUGGCGGACCCAGGCCUUGCAGACUUUCCCCCUGCACAGGCCUUUCAGCUUUUGACGGAAAUAAUUCAGAAUACAAAUCUCAGCAUUGCCUCUCUGUGCCGCUUGCGCCCCCUGCGCUCUGGGCUCAGCCCCUCAGUGCUGCAGACCCUCUCUCCACCCAGCCCAGGGGGCUCCUCUUGUGACUGCUGGAGAUCCCUGCUGUCCGUGCUCUCCCCAGCACAAAGAGCUGCAGCGCUGGACUCGCUCCGGCCCUUGAUGAACGGUUCUCAGAGCUGGCUCCCUCAGAUGAGCUGCCUGGUUCCGUUUGUGCCCCUGAAGGAGCUGGCACUGGACGGAGCAGAAGUCCUGAGAGACAGCGCCCUGUACAGGCAGCUGCCUUGGUCAACGCAACAGGUAUUGCUGUGA